AUGUUUACAUUUAAAAUUUUUAAAGAGACAAAGGAAAAUCUUUUUCUCUUUCUUAAAGCCUGUCUUCGUUGCCAAUCAGAAUCUAAAGCACAAGAAUGUGUUGUAAUAUGGGGAGAAUGUAAUCAUUGUUUUCACUUAUGUUGUAUGUCUCUUUGGGUGAAACAAAAUAAUCGUUGUCCUCUUUGCCAGGCCGAAUGGAAUGUUCAAAGAAUUGGGAAAUGA